CGCGACGCAAUAUCACAAUGCGACAAAAGCUUGUAGUGCUCUAUAAUAUGAUAUCCAGUGAAGCGCAUCUUCGACCUCGACGAUGAGCACUCCCGCCGAGUCUGAGAAAAUCCUCCAGCCACGCUCCCAACACAUUCUGGGCGCCGCAACCAUUCCGGCCCCACUAUACAUAUCGCUUUUGAGCAUAUUAUUGAUCAUCUGGGCAUUUGUGUAUAUUCGACCAACAAGCGUACUACCAGGACGGUCGUUAUGGCUCAGAUGGCAUUGGCCACGCUCGAGGAAGUCCACGCCUGUCCCGCAAGCCGUCGUCGACGCGCACACCAAGAAAGUCGAUCGCAAAUUCGGCACAUGGACGCCUAUCGAGUUCGAGCGACCGGCGGUAGCUCCUUACCCGAACUGGUCUGUCACUGAUACAUCUCCUCUCAAGUAUCGACCAUUCCGUUACGGACCGAAAUACAACAUCACCAUGGGGCUUCGAACGCUCCACCAGUGGGAUGACUGGAUUGAGCUCGACAAUCACUAUCUGCGCUUCCAUGCCGACAAGAAACGCCGCAUUGAAGAGCGAGGCGCCAAAUGUUGCAGAACCGAUGACUCUGAUCCUCGCGCCCUCGAUGGCGCAGUCGAACUCUUGGAAGAACUCGCCUCCUAUCUCCCCGAACGCUACCCUUCGAUGUUCCAGAAAACCGACGUGGGGAUCGACAACAUCAUCACGCACGAAAGUUUUGACAUCCGCAAAGAUCGUCUCACCAUGAACGGCCACGCGGAAGAUCCCAUGCAACUCUCCGCACGUCUCAUCCAAGACGACCUCGCCAUCAUGUUUGAGAGAGAAGAUGGUAUCUACUACUUCCUCGCGGGAUCAAUUCUGCUCGCUGGGUUCUGGCGCCUCGAAGAUAAAUUCGGCAUGGGCCUCCCGGAAAUUCACACGUCCGGCCACGUCCCCGGGUACGAGAGCAAACUCCACAAAGGCAUGACGAAUGCCUUUCGCCGCAUGAUGCCCGACAAAGUCGUGCUGCGCCACAACUACUUCAUCCAAGUCGACGAGGAUUUAGCGUGGAGCUACAGCAUCGGCGACGAGGACCACGAUGGCCAUGGCUGGUUCACGGCGGAGAAGAACAAGGCCAUCGAACACCAUUGGUUCCGCUCCGAGAGGCAGUCGCUGCGAAGAUUGCCUCGGAGUGGGGGGAUUGUGUUUACCAUUCGCACGUACUUUCAUCCAAUUACGGAAAUUGCAGAGGAGCCGUAUGUCCCCGGGAGACUGGCGAGUGCGGUGAGAAGUUGGGGAGAGGAUGUGAGUCAGUAUAAGGGUAAGGAGAGGUAUGGGGAUGUGUUGUUGGAAUAUUUGGAUCGUAAACAUGAGGAGCAGGUUGCGAAGGGGCUGGAUAUGGAGAGGGAAGAGGAGUUGAGGCAGUAUCCUUGGUAGAGCUGUUUGUGUGUUGAUGCGGUGAAUGUGUAUGUUGGG